CUCUCUCUGUAUAUUUAUGACUACUCAUUUAAAACCCCUGAGCGUUUCACUUUCACCCCGUCUUGCGAACUCUUUUGCCUUGUACUACUUGUGGAGCUAUGGCUACUGACGCUAAUUCCACCGACAAGAACCUCAUUUUCAGGAAACUCAAAGCUAAAUCUGAUAACAAGAUGUGCUUUGAUUGCAAUGCCAAGAAUCCAACUUGGGCUUCUGUCACUUAUGGGAUCUUUCUUUGUAUUGAUUGUUCUGCUGUUCAUCGGAGUCUUGGUGUCCAUGUCAGCUUUGUUAGGUCAACAAAUCUAGAUUCUUGGACUCCAGAUCAAUUAAAGAUGAUGAGUUUUGGGGGAAAUAAUCGUGCUCAAGUUUUCUUCAAGCAGCAUGGCUGGAAUGAUGGAGGAAAGAUUGAGGCGAAGUAUACUUCUAGGGCUGCUGAACUAUAUAAACAGUUGCUUUCUAAAGAAGUUGCUAAGAGCUCCAAGGAGGAGGCAGGUUUACCUGUGUCACCUGUUGCUUCUCAGUCUGUACAAGCUGUUAAUGGGAUUCCAGAUAAGGUAGAAGAAUCCCCAAAAGAAAGUUCUCCCCUAAAGCAUGAAACUCUGGAUAUUCCUGCUUCACCGAAAGUAAGAGCUUCCCAUUCAGUUCUCACCAGCACUGUCAAGAAGCCUCUUGGUUCUAAGAAGACUGGGAAGACUGGUGGGCUUGGUGCUCGAAAGCUUACUUCCAAGCCCAGUGAAAGCCUAUAUGACCAGAAGCCUGAAGAAGUACCUGUACAAGUUUCUACAUCUACAAAUAGCAACCCAACUGCAGCAUCCUCAUAUGCAUCUCGGUUUGAAUACACAGAUAAUGUUCCAGCUGCUGAUACGGAUUCUGCAGGAACCAAUGUAACUGGCCACGUAGCCCCCCCAAAGUCACCGGGUUUCUUUUUAGAUUUUGGAAUGGACAGUUUCCAAAAGAAAGAUAGCUCAUCAUUAAAGCCUCAAAUUCAAGAAACUGAUGAAGCAAGGAAAAAGUUUUCAAAUGCAAAAUCUAUUUCUUCAUCCCAGUUUUUUGGGGAUCAGAAUAAAGAUGCUGACAGUCAAGUUUCACUGCAAAAAUUCUCUGGUUCUGCUGCUAUAUCAAGUGCUGAUCUAUUUGGUGAAGAUGCUGACUCUGCUGCUGAUCUCACUGCAAGUGACUUGAUUAACAAAAUCUCUUUCCAGGCACAUCAGGAUAUUUCUUCCCUCAAAAAUAUUGCGGGAGAAACUGGGAAAAAGCUCAGUUCCCUGGCAUCAUCAUUUAUGACAGAUUUUCAAGAUAGAAGUUUCUGAUCGCGGUGUAAAUGGCAUUUAAGAAAAAUGCAGAUAGUUUAUCGACAAGCUGGACAAAUUUGUUAGAAAAGGAUGUGAAAGAGAGUUUCUAGUGGUAUUCUAUCAGAAGCCACUAAAUAAUAUAUAAGUUAUACUGCAAAAGGUGUUAAUUCUGUAUCGUAGCGAAGAACUUGUAUUAAGCAGUGAAUAUGUUUGUUCUUGUCAGCAGAGAAAAUUUAGGUGUUCAUGUCUCUUUCCUGUGUAAUCCAUUUUCUUUUACGGUAUUGUACUUUCAAUCAGUUACAAGGUAUCAAGGCUCCUCUCAAACUUGCUUAUUGUC